CUCGUCCUGUAAACCGGAGCUGGGACAUUUUCUUCAUGGGAUCAAACCGACUUCACACAUGUCUCGGGGAUUGAAUCUGCUGCGCCAGGCUUGACUCCACCGAGAAAGCACAUGGAGCAGGAUGUGGAGAGCCCGGCCAUCAUCAAGAAGCCCAAGUUGCCACAGCAGGACUUUGACGACUUGCCAAAACCGCUGUCGGAAAAGGAGCGGGCCGAUAGGUUCCAGCGGUACGUCCAGAAAAAUGGGAAGUGCAACGUCCGUCACGGUAACGUCCAAGAGAUGUACCGCUACCUGACGGACCUCUUCACCACGCUGGUCGACCUCCAAUGGGGCCUCAACCUGUUCAUCUUCGUGCUGGUGUACACCGUGACGUGGCUGUUCUUCGGCUUCAUGUGGUGGCUCAUCGCGUACCUUCGGGGCGAUCUGGAGCACUUGACAGAGAAAGAGUGGACCCCGUGCGUCAACAACCUCAACGGGUUCGUGGCAGCUUUCCUGUUCUCCAUCGAGACGGAGACCACCAUCGGCUACGGCUACAGAGUCAUCACGGACCAAUGCCCCGAGGGGAUCCUCCUGCUUCUGAUUCAGUCGGUGCUGGGAUCCAUCGUCAACGCCUUCAUGGUGGGUUGCAUGUUUGUUAAGAUCUCCCAGCCCAAGAAGCGGGCCGAGACGCUCGUGUUUUCCACCAACGCCGUCAUCUCGAUGAGAGACGGCCGGCUGUGCAUGAUGUUCAGAGUCGGAGACCUCCGCAACUCGCACAUCGUGGAGGCUUCGAUCAGGGCCAAGCUCAUCAAGUCCAAGCAGACCAAGGAAGGGGAGUUCAUCCCUUUGAACCAGACGGACAUAAACGUGGGUUACAACACGGGAGACGACAGGCUCUUCCUGGUGUCGCCGCUCAUCAUCUGCCACGAGAUAAACCAGAGCAGCCCCUUCUGGGAGGUCUCCAAAGCCCACCUGACCAGGGACGAGCUGGAGGUCGUUGUGAUUCUGGAGGGGAUGGUCGAGGCCACCGGCAUGACGUGCCAGGCGAGGAGCUCAUACGUCAGCAGGGAGAUCAAGUGGGGCUACCGCUUCACGCCGGUCCUGACGCUCGAGGACGGCUUCUACGAGGUGGACUACAAAAGCUUCCACGACAUAUACGAAACCAACACGCCCGCCUGCAGCGCCAAAGACCUCGCCGAUAUGAUCAACCGCACCCGCCUGCCCCUCACCUGGUCGCUGGCCAGCAGGCUGAGCCAGCAGGGGCUGCCCGAGUCCGAGCGCGAGGGCCCGGAGAAGACCAAGACCGGCCCGGUCAACCAGGGGAAGAGCCGGCAGGCGGAGAAGAACGGGGCCGUUGCCAACGGAGAGAGCGAGUCCAAAGUGUGACGGCUUCUAGAAAGACAGAAGGUUUUGAGGUCCAUAUGAGAUUAUUGUGUGCUCGUCUCCCAUUUUGGGAUGACCGCACAAGCUUACAGAGCACAGGCGAGAGUUCGAUGACCGAUGAGCACAGUGGACCAAGUAUUCCUGCACCGAGAACCGCUUUCUCUCAGUGAUCUCAGAGUAAUCCCCCCAAAAAUCCCCCGACAACACAUGUAGACACGUGGUCCACCGCUGAACUGAAAACCCUCCGCGGGAAGUGCAUGUUUCAAAUAUAACGUGAUGUCCUCCUGAGGAGAUUCCUAUUAUUCUUUCUGUUAAGAUAUUCCAUGGGGCAUUUGCAUAAGUAUUUUUGUAUAUACUAUAAAAUGUUUUGAAUUCUUUGUUUUGUUGCAGUGUGCAUAUUUGAUAAAUGUUUGAUACUAAUUCUUAUAGGUUAGUUCUGUAUAUUCUCUGCCUUACUGUACGUAUAAAGCUUUCAUUAUUUGGUUUCUCAGAACUAUAUCAGCAUGUAUAAACAUGAUCUGCAGUUAAUUUAUCUUGUGUUGUGUAUAUACUGUACUAUUACAAGGAACACUUAAGUCUCAAUGGAUGCAAACACUAGUUUAAACCAAUGAAAAAUACUUCUCCACAUGAUAAAUGUUUGUUUAAGGUUGUUACUAUUAUUAUGUUUUCUUUAUAAGCCAUCACUUACUGUUUGCAGCUGGGUGACUUCACACAAUGGCCCUUUAAAAACUGAAUCUCGUCACUUUUGCACAUUAGAGGCCUCCGAUGGAGAAAUGUAGUCGCUGUUUCAGUUUCUAGAAAUCUCUCACGUGUCACCUACAGUAACAAAUAAUAAAUAAAUUGCAUAUUAUGCACUUAAUGAGA